AAUUGAUAUGACUAUUUUGCCCUUCCUAUAUUUGUUCUUCAAAGCAAGCCCAUGCACAAGAAUCAUUGAAUAAUUCCUCCCCACCCACAUGCACUCCACCUGCUUUAUAAACCCCUUCUCUUCCAACCUAAUUUUCCCACAAAAUUCUAAAAUGGCUCUUCAAUGGCUAAUCUUAGUCGGUGCAAUUUGGCUCCAAUCCAUCAACGGCACAAACUCAAACUUCCCGGCCUACUCCUCCGAAUUCAAGCGCCUCCUCUCCCUCUCCCAACUCCAACUCAACAACCUCGCCUUCGCCUCUGACGCCGGAAAGCUCCUCGGCUUCAUCUCCGGCGUCGCCGCCUCCCACCUCCCCCUCUGGCUGGUCCUCCUCAUCGGCUCCGUCCUCGGCCUAGUCGGGUACGGCGUCCAGUACCUCUUCCUAUCGGACCACAUCCCUUCUCUCACCUACGGCUCCGUCUUUCUGCUAACCAUCUUGUCCGGAAACAGCAUCUGUUGGAUCAACACCGUCUGUUACAUGAUAACCAUAAGCACCUUCCCCUUCGACCGCCACGUGGCCGUGGGGUUGACCACUAGCUACAUAGGGUUGAGUGCUGAAAUCUAUACGGAUUUGGUCAGUCUUUUUUUCCCAUCUUCUCCUUCUUCUUCUUCCUCUACCGAAACGGCCAAAGCUUACCUCUUGUUGAACUCUGUAUCUCCUCUAGUUGUGUGUGUUUUCUGUGCACCGAUCGUCUGGUGCGCGAAUAAUGGGGUGUCUAGGAGAUUGAGAGGUGGGUUUGUCGUGAUGUUUGUCAUAACCAUAGGGACUGGAAUUUUCGCAGUGAUUUCGAGUUUCGGUAAAAUAGCAAGGGGGUUGCCACCGUUCGUGGUUGUGAUUGGAAUAGGGGUGUUUCUUUUGGCACCACUAGUGGUGCCAAUGGUUGAAAACGUAAUGGAGAGGUUUCAGAAGAAAUGUUGGUUGAGGAGAGAGGGGAGGAUUUAUGAUGUGGGUCAGGUGGAGGGCGGCGGCGGAGAGAGGGCGGAGGAGGGGCGGAAGGAGGCGGAGGAGAGUGGUGGUGGAGGGAGUUGUGAGGUGGUGGAGGAGGUCAGGGUGACGGAGAGGGCGGAGGAGGGGCGGGAGGAGGUGGUCCAGGUGGAGGAGAGUGGUGGUGGUGGAGAGAGGUUUGAGGCGGGGGUGGAGGAGGUUGGGGCGAAGGAGAUGGUGAAGAGGGUGGAGUUUUGGUUGUAUUUUUUGGUUUACUUGUGUGGUGCAACACUCGGACUGGUUUAUUUGAAUAAUUUGGGUCAAAUAGCAGAGUCUCGAGGGUUCCGGAGGACUUCUACAUUGGUCUCCUUGUCUUCUUCGUUUGGGUUCUUUGGCCGUCUAAUGCCAUCUCUUUUGGCCCACAUUUUCUCAAGGAGUAAAUGCAUGGCUUCAACACCAGCAUCCAUAGCAAUAAUAAUGGCCCCGAUGUCGGCAUCCUUCUUCUUACUCCUCAACAAAACCACCCUCUCCCUCUACAUAAGCACGGCCGUCAUCGGCCUGUGCACCGGAGCCAUCACUUCCAUCGCCGUCUCCACCACCACCGAGCUCUUCGGUGCCAAGAACUUCAGCGUCAACCACAACAUCGUCGUCGCAAACAUCCCGGUCGGAUCGUUCGUUUUCGGGAACGCCGCGGCCCUCUUGUACCGCAGCAAGAUUAACACGGAGGACGGAAGGUGCAUGGGGACUGAGUGCUAUCAAACGACGUUUGUGAUCUGGGGAUUUCUUUGCUUGUUUGGGAGUUUUUUGUCUAUAAUUCUUUAUGUAAGAACAAAGAAAAUGUAUGCACAGAGAUUAUAGAUCAUAGCAAGUUCUUCCGUGAUUUUGAUGUUGUAGUUAUAGGAGUAACUAUUAAUCAUAAGUUCGGAAGCACCACCACGUGGUGACAUAGAAACCGACUCAUCUUAUCAAGCAGCAACACAACGGAUCACACCCGUUAAGCAGCUUGAUUUCUGAUUGAAGGUCCCUUCUGAAGCAAUUCGCCCUGAUGUGGUUUGAUCACAAGUCCCGAGAAGCUAACAGAUGUGCGGACUUAGUGGCAAAAGCAACACCGACUCUGGACCUCGGGAUUACUAUAUGCACUUCAAUUCCUAAUGUUGUCUAUUCUCAAUUUCAUGCAAACUCUGUAGGCGACGAAUAUGUAAAUAAUUCUGAACAAGUUUGAAUUUUAAUACAUAUUUUAUAAAUAUUAAAACGGUUUUACAUAUAUCAAUAAACUCCUCU